AUAGCUGCGGCGCCUGGCGUCUCGCGGCGGGAAUAAAACGGAAGAGAUCAACCCAGCAACGCCGCCACCUCCAAUCUUCCUCCUCUCAAAACGCGAAGGCAUUGACGCCAUUUGGCGGCCACAGUAAAGCUCGCGCGCGGCCGGCGUACACCCCAGGCACAGGCAGGCAAGACGAUCAGGCAGCUUGCACGCGUACCUGCAGCAACGCAUUACCGGCCAGGACUGCUUCUUCUUCAACCUCCGUCCGGCACAGGCCUGCCUGCAUGAAACCCAGCAGCUCUAGCGGCGCGGAUCGAUCGACGGCGUGUGAACCCAGCGCCAUCCCUAUGAGCGCGCCGGCGACAACGGGGACGGACGGCGGACGCGGCGCCGGCACGACGCCGGAGGCGAUGGAGAGGGACGGCGGAAUCGGCGCGAGCGUGGCACCGUCGUCGGCGGAGAGGGACGCCAGCUGCGGCGACCGGUGCGGCGGCGACCGGUGCAUCGAGGUGAUGGAGGAGGACACGUGCUGCGUGCGGUACGUGUGCAUGGGGCCGAACCCGAUGAUGGCGCGGUACGUCUACGCGCUCAUCUUCCUCGUCACCAACCUGCUGGCCUGGACGGUCCGCGACUACGGCCACUCGGCGCUGGGCGAGCUCCGGCGGCUCAGGGGAUGCCAGGGCGCUCGCGACUGCCUGGGCGCCGAGGGCGUGCUGCGGAUCAGCCUGGGAUGCUUCCUCUUCUUCUUCGUCAUGUUCCUCUCCACGGCCCGGACCAGGAAGACGCACGACUGCCGCAACUCGUGGCACUCCGAGUGGUGGCCGGCCAAGAUCGCCCUCUGGAUGGCCCUCACCGCCGUCCCCUUCUUCGCGCCGUCGCCGCUCAUCCAGCUCUACGGGAAGGUGGCGCAUUUCGGAGCAGGGGCGUUUCUCGUGAUCCAGCUCAUCAGCGUCACGAGGUUCAUCACGUGGAUCAACGACUGCUGCCGCUCAGAAACGAACCUCAAGAGAUGCCACAUGCAGGUUCAAGUGGUGUCGAUCGUGGCAUACGUGGGCGCCCUCCUGGGGAUCGUGCUGAUGUACGUCUGGUACGCGCCCACUACCUCCUGCAAGCUCAAUAUCCUCUUCAUCACCGUCACUCUCGUGCUCGUGCAGCUCAUGACAUUCAUCUCAGUCAACUCCAAGGUGAAGGCAGGGUAUCUGGCACCGGGGCUCAUGGGGAUCUACGUCGUCUUCCUCUGCUGGUCGGCCAUCAGAAGUGAGCCGCACACCGAGAUUUGCAACAGGAAAGCAUCCGUCGCGACAAGCGCAGACUGGCUCAACAUCGCGAGUUUUGUGAUCGCGGUGAUCGUCGUUGUCGCGGCGACCUUCUCCACCGGAAUAGAUUCCAAGUGCCUUCAGUAUGUGCAGUUCAAGAGGACCGAGACCGAGUCCGAGGACGACGACAUCCCCUACGGGUUCGGCUUCUUCCACUUCGUGUUCGCCAUGGGUGCCAUGUACUUCGCCAUGCUCUUCCUCGGCUGGAACGCGCAUCAGAAGAUGGAGAAGUGGACGAUCGAUGUCGGCUGGGCGAGCGCGUGGGUGCGCAUUGGCAACGAGUGGCUAGCGGCCAUCGCAUACAUAUGGAUGAUAAUCUCUCCGAUCGUGUGGAAGAGCAGGCAGGUGGUGUCGUCGUCCACAUGUGCAUGAGUGAAUACUUUUCUCUCGCUCGUGCUAAUUAACUCUGAAAGUCUGAAGAAAAACAAAACAACAACAACAAAAAAUGCUUGCACAACAGCAAGGAAGAUGAGAAGGAUGCAUCGUGAUCAGAAAGUGGUGGUCACUUGUUUUUGCAUAACUGAAGGUAAAGGGAGAGGGGGAAAGGAAAGAGCCAAAUGUGUUCAUAUACAAGGCCAAUUUUGCCUGUGGCCGUGCAGAUAAAAGGCUACUAAUUCUUUUGGAGUUGAGUCGAUUGUAUAUUCUCACUCUGAAAAGAGAUUUAUGAAAGAACAAGCACGUUACAUAUAUGCUUGAGAAGAAUUCGAAUUUCAACAUACUACUAUACUAGAAAUUUCUGAGGGAUGCCGAAA